CCAUGGCUGACUAAAGCUACAGGGACCUGGGCUUACAGGUUCAGCCCGGCGCAGGCAGUGGGGUCCGUGUCAGGAGAGCAUGAGGCCACCGGCUGGUGCUAACCGGUCUCUCUCUCUCCCUUGUAGGAUGUGUCCUUCCCUGGCUCUCGUGCUGAUGCUGGCGGCACUGGGGAGCGUCGGGGCGCUGGACCCCAGGGUCUUCACUUGCCCGGAGCUGCGGGCUCAUGUCGGGGCCUCAGUCCUGCUGGAGUGUUUCCUCCUGGUCCCCGGGGACGGAGCCUGGACAGUGACCAAGGUGGACUGGGUGCACACGCCGAGAAACAGCACGGAGUCGGAGGUGGUGGUCUUCUACUACUACAGCGGGCGCGGCGUCCCGGCAGGGCCUGCCCGGGAGCGCGUGUGGUGGCUGGGGGACGUGUCCCGUGGCAAUGGCUCCAUUGGGCUGCAGGACGUGCAGGAGGGCGACGGUGGCACCUACACCUGUGAGAUCCGGGUGUCCGGGCACAGCAGCGUCUUCAAGAACCGCACGGCGCUGCACGUGGUCCCUGCCGCACGCAGACGCUCCUGGGCUGUGGUGACUGUGGGCCCCGUGGACCCCGAGAGCGCCGGGGGCAGCGAAGGAGGCAGCAGCAUCGUGGGCUAUGUCUGUGCAGCCGUUGGCCUGGUCCUCGCCCUCUUGCUGGCUCUUGGGCUGGUGCUCCGGACACGAAGGUCCGCGGAGACCAAGGCCCUUGCAAAGAGCUGGGAGGACAGCAGUAAGAGCAAAGCAGAGAAAAGCAUCUACUCCUCCAUCCACGGCCCGGGGACGCCCAAGGCCGUGUGCGAGGCUGAGCAGAGCGGCAAAGCCGAGGCAACCUACGUCACCAUGCGUCCUGUGGCUGCUUUCCCCAGGGCAGGCACCGUGCUGCUGGAUGACAGCACCUACAUCAACUUCGUGAGGAAGACAAUCCCGGCAGAGUGGAGGCAGAAAGGACUGCAAAGCGAGGGUGAAACCCAGGGAAGCAGGAAAGCUGGGGAUGGAGCAGCCUGUCCUGGGGUGGAAAACCCCUGUGCUGUAGAGGCGGGAUGUGAGCCUGAGGCCCAGCCUGGCAAAGCCACCUUGGACACUAGCUCAGGCGAGGGGCAAGCUCUGCCCACUCCACCAGGAUGCUGUGGUGCUGGCACUCGGCCCCAUGGAGACAAGGACCCUGCUAUGUGCUGACCCGGUGCUUCUCCGAUCUCUUUGGACUGCAGUGGUGCCUGGAGGCCUGCUCAGGAUCGGGGCCCUGCGCUCAGCACAAUGUCCACAUGCCACUAAUUAUGGACGCAGCGCGGGCUGGGCGCCUGGCCUGGCCUCCGGGGGCUGCUGGCUGCUGCAGGGACCUGGUGGGACAGGGAGCGCAGCUGGGCCCAAGGAAACGGGUCGUGCUCUGGGUUGGUCCUCGGCCCGGAGCGAGCCGGCACGCGGCGGUGCCCCGCAGACAGGCAGUACUGGUAUGUGCAGCCCCACGCUCGGCUAUGGCACCUCUGGGGCCAGGGGCUUAGCCGCGUGCCAGUGAGAGCCGUGCCAAGGCGCUGGCAUCUUGUUUGGACAAUAAAGUGUCA